CAUCGCUACUUUCGCUUCCACUUUCCCGAGCUGCAUGGCUUUUUUUCAUCUUGCUCAUAGCUAAUGCCCUCUUCUUUUCAGUGUAACAAUGGAUAGCGGUGUAGGCUACAAAUUGACAGGGAUUAGGCAGAUUGUGAGGUUAAAGGAAAUGCUGCAGAAGUGGCAGAACGUGACUUUAGGGCAAAAAGCUUCGAUUCCAAGCAUUACUGAUAAAGUGCCUAAUAACGAUGGAAGUGGAUUGCCAUUGAUAAACAAAAGGGUAGUGAAUGUUAUGAACAUUGAAUCUGACACAGAAGACAGCUGCCAAAGUCCUGAACCGCUUCCACCACCUGAUGUUCCAAAGGGAUACUUGGCAGUGUAUGUUGGACCUGAGCUUAGGAGGUUCAUCAUUCCCACCACUUAUCUCAGCCACUCUCUCUUCAAAGUUUUGCUGGAAAAGGCUGCAGAUGAAUUUGGCUUUGAUCACAGUGGAGGCCUCACCAUUCCCUGCGAGACUGAGACCUUCAAGUACCUACUCAAGUGCAUCGAGAAUGAAAACAAAGACCAACUCAAUCAUAAAUCUGCACAAGCCGAAAGCUCGGGAACUGUGGAAGAGUAAGUAGUUUUCCAAAAUCAUAGGCUGGUUUAAGGUGCAAAACUGAAUCUCCUAUUCCUACCAUAUUUUUGUUCUCAUUUCUUGUGCAUA